AUAAUAAAGUAUUAUCAUCAUCAUUGUCAAUACAAGAAAAUUCAACAGUGAUUAGCAUUGAAAGUAUUGAUGAUGAUGAAGAUAGUAAAAUUAAAGAUAAUAUGAGUAAACUAAUUAGGGAAAAAAGGAUUAUUUCAAGAUAUUCUGUAUAA